AUUGAGUUUUCAAAACUCAUCGAGUAUGAGAGAAGAGAAGAGAAUAGUGAUUGACAAAAUCCUAGGUUCUCUACCGUCGGUAUAGCUGUCGUUGGAUUCGCCGGUCCGCCGCUGCUGCAGUUGCCGGUUUCGCCACCGUUACCGCCACCGUUACCGCCACGGUUGUCGCAGGAAGCUCAUGAAUCGAGCCACCUUCUCUAUCAACAUUUUGAUUUCAAAUCUGGUUGCUCUGUAGCUACAAUUGCUGCUAUAGUUUCCGCCAUUGCCGCCGCAGAUUUCGUCAUCAUCGUUGCUAUAGUUUCUACGGUCGAAAGCUUCUGAAUCGAUCCAUUAUUUCAGAUCUAUUUUCUCCUUGGAGUUGCUGCUGGAAAAAACACUCAUGUUUUGUUGUAAAUGUUAAUUAAGCAUCUGGAUCAUAAAAUUGUCCUCAAAGAACCCAAAAUGCAGCUUGACAUUGUUGAGGUGACCACUUCACUUGCUCAAUAUGCAAAGGUUCAACCUUCUGUAUCAAUAAUUGGUGCUCUAAGUGAUGUGAUGAGACAUUUGCGGAAGAGCAUACAAUGUUCCUUAGAAAACUAAAAUCUAGCAAGUGAUGUAAUCGAAUGGAAUAAGAAUUUUAGAGAAGCUGUGGAUAAGUGCCUUGUACAGUUGACAAUUAAGGUUGGAGAACCAGGCUCUAUUCUAGAUGUUAUGGCUGUGAUGUUAGAGAAUAUCUCAAAUAUUACAGCAAUAUCCAGAACCACAGUCACUGUUGUAUACCAGACUACUCAAAUUAUUGCCUCCUUACCAAAUUUAUCCUAUCAAAAUAAGCAUUCCCUGAAUCAUUGUUUCAUCAGCUACUCCUGGCUAUGGUCCAUCAAGAUCAUGAGACACAAGCAACGGCUCACCGUGUCUUUUUGGUAGUUCUUAUGCCAACCUUAGUUUCCCCUCGGGGCAGGCAUGCUUGCUUCUAAUAAGGCAUCAGAUGUUCCAAGAACACUCUCUAGAGCAGUCUCUGUCUUUUCUUCUUCAGCUGCCAUGUUUGAGAAGCUAAAAUCGGAUAAACAUUCUUCAAAUGAAAAUUUAAGUCAAUAUAAUAAGGAAAAUAAUGCUGGAGAGACUGAACCAACUAAUGGUGUUGGCGAGUUCCUAAACAAAUUGAAGUCGACUAAUAAUCAUGUGCAUCAUGGGAAUGGGAGUGGGAGUGGGAGUCAGCUAGCUACAGUGGAUGAAAAUAGUACAGAUGAUGACAAUGGGAAUUUGGAAAUUGCAGCUCUCAGGUUAAGUAGUCUUCAGAUAAAUCAAUUGCUAUCAUCAAUUUGGGUUCAGUCUAUCUCUCCUAUAAAUUUGCCUGAAAAUUAUAAAGCCAUUGCUCAUACAUACAGCUUGGUGUUGCUUUUUUCUAGAGCUAAGAAUUCUUUUCAGGAAGCCCUAGUUUGGAGUUUUCAACUUGCUUUUUCUUUGUGGAAAAUUUCUCUUAAAGAAGGGUCAUUGCCACCAUCUCGACGGAGAUCACUCUUUGCUUUAGCACUUUCGAUGAUUUUGUUUUCUUCAAAAGCCUACAAAAUCAAAUCUCUUGUUCCGAGUGCCAAGGAAACACAUACAAAGAAAUAGAUUGAUCCCUUCCUUCAUUUAGUUGAUGAUCAUAAGCUCCAAGCUUUCAGCACUGCAUGUGAUGGUUCGACCAUUUACUAUGGAUCGAAAGAAGAUGAUUACAGGGCCUCAAAUUUGCUUCCAGAGUUAAUGACUCUUACAUAGAAAACACAGGAAUUCUUUGUUUCUGAAAUCAUCCAGAACCUGGAAGUGUUGGAAGACGUAACACUUUUACUUCUUGUGUUUAGAUGCUCUUUAAAAUUGAGUUGUUAAACUUAUAUUGAAUCAUCUUGAUGCUUAACUUUACUAAAAGCAACGGAUAUCUGAGGACAAAUAUUUGAGACUUUUAUGUAAUUACAUGAUAU